AAGACCCAUUCAGACAAUUUUACCUUCUUGUUCUCUAUCAAAUGUUCCUGGAGAUUUUCAGACAAGUGAACAGGAACUUGAUGAGGACGGGCCCAGGGAUGCCUCUAUUACCUCCGAUGAAGAUCAGACUUCUGAAGCCAAUCAAGAAGUAGAAACUAUGGCUGCUGAUAACCGACCAACGCUGAAAAGAAAAGAAUUUCUCUCGCUAAAGAAAUUACCACCGAAGAAGAAACCAAGACAGCCUUCAGAUGUGACUGAUGCAAGAGUGGAAGAGGCAUAUCACAAUACCUAAUAAAGAAAAAAGUGAAGGAAGUAUAGAAAAGGACGAAUGUGUUAUCUUUGGAGAGCUAGUUGCUGCCAAGCUCAGAAAAAUGGACGACAUCAAUCGGCAAUACCUGAUGAACGAUAUAACUAAUUUAAUGUUUCGAGCAACAAUUCGUUGUCAGUUUAUGCCACAUUUGGGAGCAUCUUCAUCUCGCUCUGGUUCUUCAUCACCACCAUCCUCCUCCUCUUCUUGGUUUCUAUUAGUAGAAUCACCUCUAACUUCACCUGAAUUUCCUGCUUCUCGUAUUUUAUAAUCAGUUCCUACUAGGCCUUCAUCAGAUAGCCCACAGUCACAAACAUAUUCACAGAUUUCUGAUCAAAUAUUGCAGUCAUCUGCCAACACGGCUUCAGCUGCUCAAUGGUAUACUGAUUUCAGUAGUAAUGUAACUGAUUGAAAAAUUUAAAAAAUAGGUAUUUGAAAAAUAUAUAUUUAGUGUCUUUACUCCUUUAAAAUAUUAACUAGACCUGAUUUUUUGAAAUUUAAAGUAAAAAUUGAAAAAUAUAAAAAAAUAAGUAUAUUCCUUACCUUUACUUGGUCAUGAAGUGCCUUUUUUAACGCUUCACAUACUUCCACAA